GCAGGCGGCUGCUGCGAUUCGUGCACCGGCAGGACCUUGAGACCUACGCGGACGUCUUCCCGGGCGCCGAGCCUGACUGGGGCCCCGGCGUGGGCGGCUGGGAGGUGGCCGCGUACCCCCUCUUCGGGCACCUGGGCCUCCGGCCCCCAAGCGCGGGGGCCUGCGAGUUCGCCGGGCUGCACGAGUGGCGGGGCAUUUGCGCCGCGCCAGGGGCGCCCCCGGAGGCGCACCUCCCCCUGUUCCGGCACUGGUGCUUCCUGGACCCCCAGGCCGAGGACCCCGACGCGGCCGGCCGCCUCUCGGAGGCCCUGUCGGGGCCGCGCUGGCCGGCGAGCGGGCCCCGGGGGCCGCGGGGCGAGUGGCUCGGCGGCCGCGUGGCCCUCGACGUCGCGUUCGCGGACCUCG